CCUCGUCACCUUAGACUCUUUGGGUGAGUGGCGCGUCCGGCCAUGGCGGAGCUGCGGCACUCGACGGCGGCGGCGGCGGCGGCGGCCGCGCGCGCGUCCAGCUCCCCCGCGAAGCGCGACUCCGACGCCUCCGCCGCGUCGUCCCCCUUCCUCGCCUCCCCCUCCGCCCGCGGCCGCGGUGGCUUCGGCGUCGGUGACGACGACGACGGCAAGGACGCCCAUCGCUCGUCCCCGCUCCUCCCGCACCACCACCACAAGCAGCUCCACCUGCCGUCACCCCUUCGCUCCCUCCUCGCCCUCGAGGACCCCAGGUCCCCCGCCGCCUCGUGCUCCUACCGGAUCCUGCUCGCCCUCCUCGCGCUCCUCCUCGUCGCCGCGCUCUUCUGCGCGCCCUCGCUCUGGUCCCGCCUCAACGCGCCCUACUUGUGCCACAAGGAGGGGAUCACGCUCCACUGCCCUGAGACGAAGGAACCUCUGUCGCUAUGGGAGAAUCCACGUGUUGCCACUACCUCCUGGAAGCCUUGCGCAGAGCGGCGCAGGGAUGAGCCCUCAGAUGUCCCAUCAGAGAAAGAAACAUCCGGGUAUAUUUUUAUUCAUGCUGAGGGUGGACUAAACCAGCAACGCAUAGCUAUAUGUAAUGCAGUUGCAAUUGCUAAGAUAAUGAGCGCAACACUUAUUUUGCCUGUUCUGAAGCAGGACCAAAUAUGGAAAGACCAGACGAAAUUUGAAGAUAUCUUUGAUGUUGAUCAUUUUAUAAACUAUCUGAAGGAUGAUGUACGCAUUGUCCGAGAUAUCCCUGACUGGUUCACAGAGAAAGAUGAGCUUUUCACUAGUAUAAAGCGUACUGUGAAAAACAUCCCAAAGUAUGCUUCUGCACAGUUUUAUAUAGAUAACGUUCUUCCAAGGAUCAAAGAGAAAAAGAUCAUGUCUAUCAAGCCAUUUGUCGACAGGUUGGGGUAUGAUAAUGUUCCAAUGGAGAUUAACCGGCUAAGAUGCAGAGUUAACUAUCAUGCAUUAAAGUUCCUACCUGAUAUUGAGGAAAUGGCUGAUAAGCUUGCAGCAAGGAUGAGGAACAGAACUGGCAACGUUAAUCCAUACAUGGCCCUUCAUCUGAGAUAUGAGAAAGGAAUGGUGGGCCUUUCCUUUUGUGAUUUUGCUGGCACACGAGAGGAGAAGGCGAUGAUGGCUGCUUACAGGCAGAAGGAAUGGCCAAGGCGCUACAAGAAUGGAUCGCACCUAUGGCCACUUGCACUGCAGAAGAGAAAAGAAGGGCGUUGCCCUCUUGAGCCCGGUGAGAUAGCUGUGAUCCUGCGAGCACUGGGAUACACAGGUGGAACACAGAUAUACGUCGCAUCAGGGCAAGUGUAUGGUGGCAAAAACAGGAUGGCUCCCCUUAGGAACAUGUUCCCCAACUUGGUGACGAAGGAGGAGCUGGCCAGCGCGGCGGAGCUGGCGCCGUUCCGGCGGCACGUGACGAGCCUGGCGGCGCUGGACUUCCUGGUGUGCCUGCGGUCGGACGUGUUCGUGAUGACGCACGGCGGCAACUUCGCCAAGCUCAUCAUCGGCGCGCGGCGGUACGCGGGGCACCGGCUCAAGUCCGUGAAGCCGGACAAGGGGCUCAUGUCCAAGUCCCUGGGCGACCCCGACAUGGGCUGGGCCUCCUUCGCGGAGGACGUCGUCGUCACGCACCGCACGCGCACCGGCCUCCCCGAGCCCACCUUCCCCAGCUACGACCUCUGGGAGAACCCGCUCACACCUUGCAUGUGCAGGGCCUGAACCAACCGUCCAAAGCCCAUUCCCCUGUUACUAGUCAGCCCUACCCCUCAGCAGCUAGGCUACCAAUUAGUUCAUCACUUGCAGUUUCUUUUUCUUUUCUCUAGUUUUUUUUUCCUGUGUGUGUAGUAGUACUCUUUAGGUAUUUUCUUCACAUAAUCUGUAGUCUCACAUAGAUUGGUUCUUGUUGAAGAUGCUGCAAGAACUUGGGCAGAGCAGCGAUAGAGGAGAUACUACAACAUGCAAUAAAGGGUUCUGUUGGGUAGAGUUUAGUUUAAGAGUUUUUAUGGCUGAGUAUC